AUGGUAACACCACUUGAGAGAAGAUUAAAUAAAAAGUAUCAAAAAGCACAAGAAAUUAAGCUAAAUGGGAAUAUUAGCGACGCAUCAAAGGCGUUUGGAAUACCUCCAAGAUUUAGUGAGUCAUUGAUCAUGAAUACUCAUGAAGGUAAAAGACUUCUUAUUUCGGUUAAUUCUCCAAAUGAUAAGCUCAAUAUUAAACGUGAUAUUAAUAGGGGUAAAAAUAAAUUUAAUUUUCGGAAUGAAUUAUUGGAGAAAAUAGAUCACUCUGAUAAUUUGUCAGAUAUUAAUUCAUAUUCAGCUGAAGAUAAUAAACCCAUUAUAAAGGAAGGCAAUAAUCCCAUUUCAAAGUUGAACGUAAUUGAUCACGACAGCUCAAGUGAGUUUGAAUCUAUAUUUAGAUCAGUAAGCAAUGAUCUAGAGCAACUUUCAAUGCAAAUGUCAGAUUCACUCAAUGUUAAAAAUAGCUCCGUCAUCAACUUAACUUCUCCAAAUAUUGAUUCCGGAGCAAACAAUAAAGGCUAUGCUGGCCAAUAUUUAAACUCCAAUAUUAACUCUGCUAAUAGACUGAAUACCUCAAAGGAGAGUUUCCAAGACAGCGAUGAAUCAAUAAGUUACAGUAAAUCUAUAGAUUCUUUAAUAAAGCCGUCAAAUAGUCAAUAUAAUAGUUUUUCAAGCCAAAAAAGCAACGGAAAAUAUGAUUAUAGUGAUAAUCACUACGAAAACUCCUCUAUUAUUAAUGAAUUGAUCCGUAAAUUGACAUUGUCAAUAUCUAAGUUAAAAAAAAUGGUAAUGGGGAAGGACAACUUCGUUGCCAUUCUUAGAGAGCAAAUGCAGAAAAGCAACUUUGAAAUAAUAAAAUUAUCUCAAAAGGUUGAUUUUUUACAAAAAGAACUUACAAAUGCGAAAAAAAGUAAGGAGAAAUAUAAAGAUAGUAUGAAAAAACUGUUGAAUGAUAUUCAGGAUGGUAGAGUUGACGGAACAAUACAUAAUUACAUAAUGGAGAUAGAAGCCAUGAAAAUUCAGAAUGAAAGAAAUAUAUCUAACUUAAAUAAUUCGGAAAUUGCCUUAAUUCAAUUACAAACAGAAAAGAACAAACUUUUAACAGAAAAAACUGAAUUGACUGAUAAGAUAAUUCAAUUAGAAGAAAAAAUACAUAAACUUAACCUAGUCGUUAACCAAGUUACAGAUGAAAAACUUCAUUUACUAGAGACAAAGGAAAGUGCAAAUAAGGAAAUUGAAAAAUUAUUGGAGAACAUUAAAUCAUGUAAUGAUGAAAACAAAAUAUCAUUAGAGGAGCUUAAAAGAGGAUAUGAGCUAAAUAAUGUUUUGCAGGACCACGUAAUGCUACUAAAAGCUCAACUGGAGAUUUCUACAGAAGAAAAAACGUCCCAAGAAAAAGUUGUGAAGGAUUUGAAAGAUGAAGUUGAGACUAUUAGACAAAACAUGAAAUCACUUGAACACAGAGAGUCGAUCUUACUUUCUGCAUUAGAAGACAGUUCAUAUAGAAUGACCGAUAUAGAUAAGGCAUUAGAAGAGCAAAAAUUAGAGUAUGAAAAUAUUAUUAAGAAGGAAAAUGAUAAAUAUAUUGAAAUUCUGCAUACUUGCAAAAAACAAACAGAGGAAAUAGACACAUUAAAGCAGAAACUGGAGGAAAAAAUUUCUGCUGAAAAAGAACAAAUUAAAGCUAAUGAAGAAUUAAAGCGUAAAUUUGGCUCAUUUGAAAGCCAUAUUAGAAGACUAUUAGAUGCCAGGGAUAAUGAGAUCAUACAGUUAAAUGAUUACAUGGAUGGAAAACUUAGAAAAAAAGAUGAAGAAAUUAACUUAAAGAUUCAAGAAAUUUGUAAAAUACAGCAAGAAAGAGAAAAGAGAUUAAUUAACCAAAUGCUUGAUCAGCAUGAUGGCUUCGAACGAAAGAGAAUUGAAUACGAACACGAAAUUGAUUUAAUAAGAAAUAACUUCACUGAAAAGUUAGAUAAAGCUGUAAAAUUAGAAAAUGAGAAACAGCUUAGACUUGCAGAAACUUUGGUGAACAAAGAACAUGAGUUAAUGAUUAAAGAAAACAUAAUACAGGAAAUAGACAAAAAGAAUAUGUUUAUUGAACAACAACUUAACGAUUUGAAAGCUUGCUUAGAUGAUUUAUCAAAGGAAAAAAAUGCAACCGUUGAAAAAUUAUUAUCAUUGGAGCAGUGGGGAACUUUGAUCCAGACAAUGAAUCAUAUGAACCCUGAAUUACAAAAUUCACUGAACACAAGGCUAAAUGAGCUCAGAAACAAAGUGGAACGGUUGGAGAAACAGGAAGAUACUUUGAAUGACGUUAUUAAUCAUCACUCAUCUAUUAAAGGUGAGAAUGAAAAUGAAAUUAUAGCAAAUAGUGAUAAAUCAUUGAAUUAA